AUGAAAUAAAUAAUAACAAUUUAAGUGGGAUAAAGUGGAAAUCAGAUAGGGAAUGCGAUAUGGAAUCAAAUGAUAGACGAUUGCGGUGAGAAUUUGGAUUAAAAGUUUUUUCGGAAAGGGAUUCCAAGAGCAAUACUUGUAGAUAGUGAGGAGAAUACGCUGGAUAAGAUUAGAGGAGAUAAGAAUUCCUCAUAUUACGAUCCAAAUAAUUUUGUAAGUGGAAAGAGUAGUAAAUGCUUGACAUUUGCUAGUGGUUAUUACGGUUCGAAUGAUUUAUUUGAUGAGAUUGUGGAAAAGGUAAGGAAAGAGUAAGAGUAAUGCGAUGGAAUUUAAGCAGUGUAAUUAGUUCAUUCAAUUACUGGUGGAACCGGAUCUGGAAUUGGAGCAAAAUUAGUAUAUUAUACAAGUGAUCAUUUUUUUGAUUGCUCCAAAAUCAACAUUUCUAUUUACCCAUCAAAGUAUGAAAAUAGUGUGAUAUAUCCCUAUAAUUGUCUACUUGGUUUAAUGCAUCUAAAUUACAAUUACAAUAUGGGAUUCUACUUUGAUAAUGAUGCCUUACAAUAAAUGACAGAGAAUAUGUUCAUCUACGAUCAAAAUUAUGAAACGUACAAUCAAUUAUUAGCUUUUGCUAUGGAUGGGAUCUACAAAUCGUUUCGUCACAAUUGCUACUCCAAUACAAACUUUUAUAAGAUCUAAACCAACAUCACUCCUUUUCCUAAAUUGCAUUGCUACACUGUGUCACUAGCUCCUCUAUUUUCGUAUAUCAAUUCACCAACUCUACUGCAAAUGAGUAAAGAGAUCUACUCUAAACGAAACCAAACAUUCUCGAUGUCCAUGUCUUAGGGUCUGUUUUUAGCUCAAUAAAUCAUGAUCUAUGGGGAUGCUGACAUAUUUUCAGUCCAGUAAGAAUUCAAGUAGACCAUAAGUUCGGAUGAUAUACAAUUCGUUAAGUGGAUUGCUGAUCCUAUCACCUACAGCAUUUGUCCUGCUAAACAGAAAUAAUGCAAUCCAAUGGCUUUUUCAAUCAAUCAUCAUACUGCUAUGGGGAAUAAACUUAAUUUAUUGAAACAACAAUACAGGACUCUUUUCCAAAAGCGAGCAUUUUUGCACUUGUUCUUGCAAGAGGGUCUUGAUGAAAUGGAACUUUAAGAAGCAGAAUCUGCAUGCGGAGAUGUGAUUUCAGAGUAUUGUUGUUGCAAUGAUUAAACUGAUACUACAGAUGAAUGA